AAAAAAAAGAAAGAAAGAUACGAGAAUAGGAAGAGUUUCGGAAGAGAGAAAGUUUAUCAAACGUAUCGAUAGUAAGAAGAUUCAUGGUAAAAGACGAAGUUGCACGUAGACGUUAAGUUUCGAAGAAACGAGCUCGAUCGUAAAAGUUGCAAACUUUGAAAUCGCUCGGCUUGAACGGGACACGAUGGUGAAAAUAAGAGCAAGAUAGAGAGAAAGAGUGUAAGAGAGAAAGAGAAAGAAAGAGUAAAAGAAGAAGAGAAUGAGAGAAUGAGAGAGAGAGAGAGAGAGAGAGAGAGAGAGAGAAGGGAAACUAUACUACUAAAUAUGAAUCAUAAAAGAAGCAUAAAGAUAAUUGUAUGCUAAUAGGGCAAGCGUAUGCGGAGCAUCGUCCACGAAAGCACAACGUCUUCCGUUAUUACCUAUACCCCUUGUAUAUUACAGUGAACAGGGACAAGGAAGAAGCAAGAGACAUCGAGGGCAGAAUACCGAUUCGAUCCUGGGAUCUUCUACGCUCGAUCCAACACCAUAGAUUUUCCUACUAUCUCGAUUUUGAUAUUUAUCAGGAAAUUCCAAUACGACGAUAACGUCGACGACGACGACGACGACGGCGACGACGACGACGGCGGCGACGACGUCAGCGACGACGACGAAACGAGGCAACAAACAUGACCGCAGAACACGAGAACGAGACUAGGGUUAGAUUGAGAAGGACCAAGAGCGUCACUCAUGCCGAGGAAAUCCAAAAGGCUGAACAACGCGUUAGAAAAUCCCAGCCCGAUAAACCAUGUCAUCGGCCAAGAGACAGUCUCUUUUCAUGGAGCUCAGGUUUCGAUAACUUUACGGGAUUCGUCAACUGGGGCUUCCUCAUGCUUGGAAUUGGUGGAAUUCGUCUGCUUCUUGAAAAUUUUAUCAAAUACGGGAUAAGAGUGGAUCCAAGGCAAUGGUUUCUAUUCCUGAGCGGCAAGUACGAUGGUGGUGAAGAGCAUCCUUCGAUUUUGCUGAUCGUUUAUUCCACCGUGCCUGUGACUCUUUGCUUGUUGAUCGAGAAGGGAAUGUCUUUGGAUAUCAUAUCUCAUGGCCCAGGAAUGGUGUUCCACAUCGUAAACCUCAUCGUGAUGGUACUGAUGCCGAUGGUGGUCAUCCACGUGAAGGAUUCCGGAUUCAGCCUGAUUGGCGCCAUGUACGUCUGUACUCUCUACGCUAUUCUAUUCUUGAAGUUAUGGUCGUACAUACAGGUGAACAUGUGGUGUCGUAUUAGUCGUGGAAAAACAUCAAGUCAAGGUAGAAUGCGUCGACAAUCCUUGUCUUAUAAUAACCUUCAAUCAACGAACGUGAAGCAAAACGGUGUGGAAAGCGACGACAUCGGGCACGAAGUGAACGGUUGUGGCACGGCGUUGGUGCAAUAUCCAGACAACCUGAAUUUCGGCGACCUUUAUUACUACAUCCUGGCACCCACGCUCUGCUACGAAUUAAAUUUCCCUAGGACCCAGAGAAUACGGAAGAGGUUUUUGAUAAAGCGCAUCUUGGAGGUCGUCGUUGGCUGUCAAGUUGUCAUGUCACUGUUCCAACAAUGGAUGAUCCCUUCGGUAAAGAAUUCGCUUAUACCAUUCAGUAACAUGGACGUUGCUAAGGCCUCCGAACGUCUUCUCAAAUUGGCGAUACCGAAUCAUUUGAUGUGGCUAUGCUUUUUCUACCUGAUAUUUCACUCGUAUCUCAAUUUAAUGGGCGAAUUGUUACACUUCGCCGAUCGAAAUUUUUAUUGCGAUUGGUGGAAUUCGAAUAAUAUCGAUACGUUUUGGAGAAGUUGGAAUAUGCCGGUACAUAGAUGGGCCGUACGACAUCUUUAUAUACCGGUAGUCGAGAUGGGUUACAGCAAAACGACGGCCUCGGUUACGGUCUUUUUUAUAAGCGCAUUCUUUCACGAAUAUCUUGUCAGUGUACCAUUGAAAACGUUUAAAAUUUGGGCAUUCAUGGGUAUGAUGGGUCAAAUGCCGUUGUCCGCGUUGAGCAAGCUGGUCGAGAGACAUUGGGGCGCCAGGUGGGGUAACAUCGUCGUUUGGUCGAGUCUCAUCAUUGGACAACCCCUUUGCAUUCUGAUGUACUAUCACGACUAUGUGGUUACUCAUUUUGGGGAGACAUUGCUCGAGGAUUACUCGAUUGUAUAAAAGGAGAAAUUUAUGAAUUGGAAAUACCAAUGAAAAGGGUGCAAAUAAUAAGAGAGAGAGAGAGAGAGAGAAAGAAGAUAUCGUUCAAUAAUUUUAAUUGACACUCGAUCGAAUUUUUUUUAAUAUCUAAAAUAAUCAUAUCGAUGUGUCAAUUAAAUAUUUUUUUUCUUCCUUUCUUUCUUUAUUUCUCUUUUUUAAGAAAGAAAAGAAAUAUAUGCAAUCAAGAAAAAAAAAAUAAAUAAAUAAGUCGGAAAAAAAGAGAGAAAAAAAUGUAAAGGGAGGGAGAUCGAGGAUAGUACGAGUGCCUUAAAAAUGUCCCGUCGUUGUUUCUUAAUUUUUUUUUUUUUUUUUUUCAUUUUUUCUUCCUUUUUCUUUUCUUUUUUUCUUUCUUGCUUUCUUUCUUCCUUUACACGACGAACAUACACGUACGUAUUAUAAAACUGUGGUAAUAACGAAGUUGGUACUUGGAUAAAGUCUAUAGUAAUAUUAACGUAGACAUUUUUUCAAAGAAUAUAUAUAUAUAUAUGUGUGUGUAUGUGUGUCUGUGUGUAUGUAUGUGUGAGAAAGAGAGAGAGAACAAAAUUCGAGGAUUUAACAGUUAAAUUGGAUUUUCUUGGAGAACAAAAAAAUAGAAAAGGAAAAAUAGAUAAGAAAGAAUGAAAAGAAAAAGAAUAAUCUACGCAUAUGUAAAUUGUUCGCUAUAUACGAAAUUAUAGUGCACAGAUCGCUUCGUAUAAAAGCUACUUGUAUUUUCUAUGGAAAUGCUUUUACAUUCUCGAUUUUGUACUUUAUAUAUGCUACUAAUGAAAGAAAAACAGGUCCCAUUUCGCCAUAGGUGGUGGAUCACCACUCGAGAACGUAGUUUUAAACGUUUCGUCACAUAUCAGAAUCAUAAGUUUUCACGCAAAAAAAUUUUCUGAUUUCCCAGGUGCUCUUUGGAUAAUAAAUGUAUAUAUAUAUAUAUGUAUACAUACAUACACACACAUACAUAUACAUAGAUAUAAUAUGUAUAUCGUUGUUAGAGAACGUUCGAACGAAUUUUCUUUCUUUUUUUUUCUUUUUUACUUCCUUUUUCUGCUCUUUUUUUAAUCCGAAAAAAAGCACAAAAAUGACGACGUCCUCUCAACACUUUCCUUCUUUAUUUCUAAAGAGACUAAUCGGAAUGUGUGAUUCCAUUAAAAAAAAAAAGAAAAAAGAGAAAAUAGAACAAAGAAAAAAAGCAAAGAAGAAAGUAUAAUCAAUAGACUUUAGUUAUUGUCUGUUUUAAACGAAUCAUUUUACACGUUUUAGAUAAGUACGCUAAUAAGAUAUUCGCUAUCAAGCUGCCAACAGUUUUACGUGCUUCAUAUAUAUAGAAUGGGCGAUAAGUCCAUGGGUAGGCCAAAAGUUCCUACGUGAUUUUAAAAGUCAAUUACUCUUUUUCAAGACUUUGCAAGUCUUGUAAUUAGGCUUGCAGCUUUUACAAACUAGGCUCGUAGUUAUAUAAUUUGAAUACAAAAAGAAAAGAAGAAAAGAAACAAGAAGAGCAGGACAGAAAAAAAAUUUGUCUUAAUGAUCUCGAAAAAGUGUAAUCGAUGUUUGAUAUAAUUUAAGAAUUUUUGGCUCAUCUAGAAACUUUUGGUUCACCCUAUGCACACAUACACAAACAAACACACACGUAUAUACAUGAUAUAUAUUCGGUGCCACAAUCUAUCUAAGAACAAUAAAGAUUUUUUACAAAUUUUCUCUAUUGCAAAAUAUAUUCCUAAAACGACUGGCCAUAAUAUAUUUGCGAGUUGUUAUUUGUCGAAUAAACUGAAGAGCUUUCUUACGAGUUUCUUUUUUUUUUUUCUUUCUAAAAUUUCUUUUUACUGCUAUUUCAUCCAUCGAAUAAGAGUCCAAGAAGUACCUUCAAGGGUCGCUGAAAAGCUAGCCCUUUUCUCUUCUUUUUUUUUCUCUUCGAGAUUUACCCUCCUCUUCCUAGUUUCUUUCUUUAUUCCCUUUCCACGUCUCGCUCGGGAAGAGGGAAUGAGAAGUUUCAAUAAUAUAGAAUUGUUUCUUUUUUGUUUCUUUUCUUAUCGACAUUUUGAUAAGAGGCACAUACCUACAUAUAUGUAUAUAAUAUAUACACGAGAUGGGCCAAAAGUUUCCAAGCGACUUUAAAAAUCAAUUACUCUUUCUAAAAAUUUUUUUGAGACUGAUCUUUUCUUUCUUUCUUCUUAGCUUUCCUUCUCUCGUCUUAAAGAAUACGCGAAGCGAGCUUAGACAUUUUUGGUCCAUGCUAUAUUAUGUAUAAAUAUAUAAACAUACAAUUAUAGAUUUAUCAUAUAUGUAUACAUAUAUCUUCUUAUUAUAACCGAACAGAUUAUAAUCGAACAACUAUUAUUAAAAAACAUAUAUUUUAAGUAAAAUUUUAAGUGAAACAUAGAUUGUAAUGAAUAAAACUAAACCAGGACGCAUAUUCCCAUGAGCAUUGACUUUAGAAAGCGUUGACGUAGGAAGCCAAGCGUAAGAGGUUGAGAAUGCACUGGGAUAGAACUUGCGAAAAUGCAUAAGAGAAGAAUUUCGAGCAUUCGCCCGAAACGAAUGAAUGGAAGCAAUAUGGACCGUAUACGAUGAUGUCGUUGGGUCAUGAUGCUUUCUCAAAACUAAUCAAACGGGAGCUAACAAAACCAACAUACCGCGAGUCAAACAAAUGAUAAUUAAUCUCUUAUUUUCCUAAAUAAAUAUCAAAUAAUUGCUAUUACGUUCGACAAAACAAUCUUUCUGCGUAAUCUUCAUACGAUAUUUCGAUUAUUAAUCCAAUAAUGAUCCUUAAUAAUUCUUUCAAAAAAGCAUGACAUUAUUUUUGUUCAACAUAUACCUCGAUACGUUCUUUCUUUUUUUACUACUACAAUAUCGAUUGCAAUUUUAAUAUCGUCCGUUCAUUAUAAGACUACAACAGACACACGCACAUACACAUAUAUAUACACAUACACAGAGAGAGAGAGAGAGAGGGAGAGAGAGAGAGAGAAAAAAUACCGGAGCCUCGUAAAGUUUCUUUUAUUUUGUAGCAGAAACGGUAUCAGCAGCAAGCAGUUUUCUAAGAGAAGUAAAAAAAAAUAAAAAAGGAAAAAUAAAAAAAAAAAGAAAGGACGCUAGUAGGGAUGAGCUUUUGCGGUGAAAUACAAAGGAAAACCGUUUCCCCUUCCCUUCACUAGUCCUCCCCCAGUCAUUCCACUUCCUUUACCCCCCACACCCCUACAACCCCACACUCUCAUAUCCCCUCAUUCCCUAAAAAAGAAAAAAAAAAGAAAUAUAAGGAAAGAAAAGGAAGAGGGCAAGAAGAAGACAAUAACAAAAGGUAAGUUUCCCAAAGAAAGGUAUUCUACGAUUCGUGUAUCGCCGUUGUAACGUUAAUAGAGAAAGAAGCACCGUUGAAAAGGAAGAAAAGUCAGUAUGACGACAGAGAGAGAGGGAGAGAGAGAGAGAGAGACAAGAGAAGAAAACGAACAUGCUCUAGAAAACGAAAGAAGAAUCGACCAUUACGAGAUAGAGAGAGAAAUAGAAAGAUAGAGAGAUAGAUAGAUAGAUAGAUAGAUAGAUAGAUAACAUCCCUUCAAAUUUCUUUCCCUUUUAUUUAUUUAUUCUUUUUAUUUUUUUAUAUUUUUUCUUUCCAUCUCUCUUUUUUCUCCUAUUUUCUUUUUCUUUUACUUUUUCCUUUUUCUUUUUUUCUCAUCUUCCCUUUCCCCGAUAGAAAAUCGACGAGAAUGAAAUAUCUCUCCGAGAUCGUGUCUCUUUUUCUCUCUUGAUGGAAACAGAAGUCAACGACAGAAAGACAGACAGAGAGAGAGAGAGAGAGAGAGAAGAGAGAGAGAAGAGAGAGAGAGAGAGAGAGAAGAGAGAAAUGGUUAGAUCGAACGAAAAGAAGAAAGAAAAGACUCUUUUUCUCUUAUUAAAUUCACUUUACUUGUGCUGAAAUAAGAAAACAGAAGAACCGAUCGCAAGACUCAUGUAUAUACACGAAUAUAAUGCUAAAGGUAGAAAAAGAAAAGAAAAAAAAAAAAAAGAAA